AUGAACAUAUACACAUCGCCCACACGGGCAUCGAGCACCGCGAGGCCCUAUCUGCCUGCACUGGCCACCGAGAGCAGGAGCACGGAUAACAGCAGCAUAGACGAUAACUGUGAGGCUGUACCGUGCCUAAGCAUGGAAGUGUGCAAAGUGUACCCGAAGGGCCCGCUGCUUGUGCUCCCGGAGCGCAUCUAUCUGUUCUCGGAGCCCACGGUGGGGGAAAUUCUGCCCUUUGAUGUAGUUAUUAACGUUGCCGAGGAGACACAAGACUUGCAGACGCAGGUGCCCUCCAUCGAGUACUAUCACUACCGGUGGGAGCACGAUUCCGACAUCGGGACGGAUCUAGCCUUGCUAACCAGCAUCAUGCGCACGGCCGCAGCGGAGCGGAAGAAGAUACUGAUACACUGCCAGUGUGGACUGUCGAGGUCCGCGACGUUGGUAAUCGCGUACAUCAUGAAGUUCCACCACUUGAGCCUAAGGCGCGCUUAUGACCUGCUGAAGUCCAGGGCAGACAAGAUAAGCCCCGCCAUGGGGCUGGUGUUCCAGCUGAUGGAGUGGGAGGCCGCUCUCAAGGCUACACCCAGCGCGCAGGCUAGCGAUUAUAGAAAACUACCUUAA